UAAUAAUAAAAAAAAGAAAUCCCGUAUGAAACACGUAAAGCACAUUCUGCACAAAGAGAAGGUGGGCGGGCGUGGCGGCGUCCUCGGCCAGAUACGACCGAGGUUCGCACCGACCGGCGCUCGAGGGCGGCCGCUGCUGCGCCCCCGGAGCCGCGCCCCCAAACCCGCUCUGAGGAGGCGCCCCUCCGGUCCGCGCGCGGCGACGGGUCACGCCCCUGGCGCCGACGGCCGCGCGCAGCGUCUCCCUGAGGCCGCGCCCGCCCUUCCGUCUGCCCGGCUUCAAGAUGGCGGCCGCCCUGCCGCCGCGUCGCCGCCCCGCCCGCGGGCCCGCGCCGCGCGCUCCCGCCGCCCCUCCCCGCGCGAGCUCCACCCAGGCGGCGGGCAGAGCGGUCGGCUUCGCCUGUUUCCCGCCAUUGUGCGAAGUGGAGGCCGGGGGCCCGCACGCGCCGCGCGUCCGUCGGUCGCCAGCAGUCCGUCGGCGGCCGCCGGGUCCCGAGGCGCGGGGAGGCCGGGUGGCCCGGCGUGGGAGGGCGCGGGCGGACGGGCGAGCAGCGGCCGAGCCCCUGACGAGGAGCCGCGGAGCCGGACGCCGGUCGGCGCGAUGCCCUGUGGGGAGGACUGGCUCAGCCAGCCGCUCGGGAUCGUGCAGGGCUUCUUCGCCCAGAAUGGAGUCAGUUCUGACUGGGAGAAGAAAGUGGUUGAAUACUUCAAGGAGAAGCUGAAGGAAAGUAAUGCUCCUAAAUGGGUACCAUCAUUGAAUGAAGUCCCCCUCCACUACUUAAAGCCUAACAGCUUUGUGAAGUUCCGCUGCAUGAUUCAGGAUAUGUUUGAUCCUGAGUUUUACAUGGGAGUCUACGAAACGGUUAACCAGAACACGAAAGCACGCGUUCUUCAUUUUGGAAAAUACAGAGAUGUGGCAGAGUGUGGGCCUCAACAGGAAGUUGAUUUAAAUUCUCCACGGACUACCACAUUGGAAAGACAGACUUUCUAUUGUGUUCCAGUGCCUGGGGAAUCCUCGUGGGUAAAAGAAGCCUACGUUAACACAAACCAAGCUCGAGUCAGUCCUUCAACAUCUUACACCCCCAGUCGCCACAAGAGGAGCUAUGAAGAUGACGAAGACAUGGACCACCACCCCCAUAAGCAGAAAGACCAGCAUGCAGGUGCCGGACAAGCAGGUAGGAAUAUUGGUGGUCUUCAGUGGUGUGGAGAGCCAAAACGCUUAGAAACCGAAGCUUCUGCAGGUCAGCAGCUGAACUCCCUGAAUCUCUCUUCUCCUUUUGAUUUGAAUUUUCCUCUGCCAGGAGAGAAGGGUCCUGCAUGCCUUGUGAAGGUCUAUGAAGACUGGGAUUGUUUCAAAGUAAAUGAUGUUCUUGAGUUAUAUGGCAUUCUGUCGGUGGAUCCCGUGCUCAGUAUACUGAACAAUGAUGAAAGGGAUGCGUCAUCUGUGCUGGACCCGAUGGAAUGUUCGGACACUGCCGAAGAGCAGAGGGUGCGCAGCCCUCCCGCUUCCCUGGUGCCAAGAAUCCACGUGGUGUUAGCCCAGAAGCUGCAGCACAUCAACCCGCUGCUGCCUGCUUGCCUUAAGCAAGAGGAGAGCAAAGCCUGUAAGUUUGUCUCCAGUUUCAUGUCGGAGUUGUCUCCCGUCAGAGCCGAGCUGCUUGGAUUCCUCACCCACGCCCUUUUGGGAGACAGCCUGGCCGCCGAGUACCUUAUACUCCACCUCAUCUCCACAGUAUAUACAAGAAGAGAUGUUCUUCCACUGGGAAAAUUUACAGUUAACUUGAGUGGUUGCCCAAGGAACAGCACCUACACAGAACACUUAUAUCGGAUUAUUCAACAUCUCGUCCCAGCAUCCUUCCGCCUCCAGAUGACUAUUGAGAACAUGAACCAGCUGAAGCUCAUUCCCCACAAAGAUUACACAGCCAACCGCCUGGUCAGCGGGCUCCUGCAGCUGCCCAGCAACACCUCUCUGGUGAUUGACGAGACCCUGCUGGAGCAGGGGCAGCUUGACACCUCAGGUGUCCACAAUGUGACUGCACUGAGCAACCUCAUAACUUGGCAGAAGGUGGAUUACGAUUUCAGCUACCACCAGAUGGAAUUCCCCUGCAAUAUUAAUGUUCUUAUUACUUCAGAAGGGCGAUCACUCCUGCCGGCAGACUGCCAGAUCCACUUACAGCCACAGCUGAUCCCACCAAACAUGGAGGAGUACAUGGACAGCCUUCUCUCCACCGUGCUGCCUUCUGUCCUGAAUAAGUUCCGCAUCUACUUGACCCUCCUGCGGCUCCUGGAUUAUAGCAUAUCUGAUGAAGUAACCAAGGCAGUUGAAGAUGACUUUGUGGAAAUGCGCAAGAACGACCCUCAGAGCAUCACCGCGGACGAUCUGCACCAGCUGCUCAUCGUAGCCCGGUUUCUGUCUCUCAGCGCCGGUCAGACGACAUUGUCGAGAGAACGAUGGCUAAGAGCGAAGCAGUUAGAGUCGCUGAGAAGAACCAGACUUCAGCAGCAGAAGUGUGUGAAUGGAAAUGAACUUUAAAGCUCUGAUACUUAAGGCAAGAGCGAGGGGCAAAUUGUAGCCACGUUAAUUGUAAAAUUCAGCGAUCAUUUAUACUGCACUGUUUUGUAGAUACUUUGUAUCAGAAACCAAUGACUUUUCCUGAAAUCAAGCCUGGUAACAUCUGAAGUUUAUAUAAUCCUCUGUAAGGGCUUUUCCCUUACUGGUUUUAUGGAGCUUUUGAAGUUUGUUUUGUAAUUAUAUAAAUUAGUAACAAUGUAUAAAAUGUAUUUGAUAUUAAAAGUUUAAUAUUGAUAAUGUUGCCGAUCAUAACAUUUCUUUAGCUUCAGCGAAGUCAUAGGCCAGACUGUUGAAAUGCUGAUGUCACCUUCAUUUGAUGAAAAAUUAAUUUCAAUUCCCAAGUCAGAGGGAUUGUUCACUUCAGAUUUUUCUGUCUUUCCAGGUCUGAAUGCAUUUAGUGGUCCAAGUUUGGGCGAUGAGGCGUCCUCACCAUUAAUUCACAUGACCAUGUGAAGUUACGUUAUUAUCAUUUCCCAGAACUUGAUCACAGAAACUUUUUCUUCAAUAGUUAACAGCCAACAAAACUAGGGUCUAUAUAUAUUAUAUACAGCAGUGAUUCCCAGACUGUUGGGAGUACAUGGACCAAUGAUUCCAAAAUUAGGCAGACAGAGCUGCUGAUUUAUUUUGCCAACUAAUUUGAAAAAUCACUGUUACAACACCCUCCCAUCCCCCCACACCCCCAAAAAAGACAAUCUCAGAAAGAGUCAUUUAAGUGGAAUAAAUGUGGCUUUUUGAGAAAACACUAUAUUGUUAUUUUUCUCAUUUCACCCAAGAAACUUGGAACUUAGAGGAAUGUUGUCCUAAGUAAACUGUUUUGCCCAAAUACAAAAAGAAAAUAGUAACUUUUAAAAUGCCUUCUAGAGGGAAAAGGAUUUUUAACUCUUCCUAGUAAAUGUCAUUUAGUUGCUUUGAUGGUUGUGUUGGAUUUUAAACGUUUUAGGUUUCAUUGAUUAGUUCUAAAUCUGCAAGAUCAACAGGAAUGCUGUUAAAACUUUUGUUUUGCGCCCCAGGCCAAUGAUCUGAACAUAGUUUAUUAAAGGAACAAAAUGUUGACAUUACCCACCAAUAGGUAGAAAGGUGUUUGAGUUUGUAGUAUAAUCGUGACAUCAAGAACCUCUGGAAACAUUACUUGAAGCUUUCAGUUGGUGUGUACAUGUUUUUUUAGUCAGUAGCUUACCUGCUUGGAACCAUCCGAGAUCUCUCACAUGACUCGUGUGUUUGUUCCCUACAUCCCCCACCCAGGUCUGAAUUGCUAACCAAGGAAGCAAGGUUAGCCAUGAAAAAGUCAAGGAAUUUACUAUGCCUACUAUACUGAAAUUAAAAGUACUAGUUUAACAUUAACUUUUCCUAAAUGCAAAUCUAUUUUUAUAAACUAAUGUAAAUAAUAUUUAUAUUUAGAAUUCUAACUGGUUUUCAUUUUUAUAACAGGUAGACUAGACCUUCCUUAAAAUUUCAGAAAUAAAAUGAAUCACCUGGACUUGUGAGAAUAAAGUUGAUUUUCUUUAACUGGCUUAGAACAAGGUAGACUAGUUACCAUGUGUUUAUCGUGCCAACGUGAACUGUAAUUUACCAAAGAAGUACAUAAUCUAUCUGUUUGAUCUUGCAGAAAGUCCCCUUGAAAGGAAAGAUGCUCUUUCAAAUAAAUGAAACUUCCCA